AUGGCUCGGCUUAAAGAUAUGCCAAAUGAGAUUCUCGUGAAUAUCUUUACAUAUGUCUCCGACAUCAAUCACUCCAGCAUCUUCAACGUCACUCUCGUCAACAAGCACUUCAAUCAAAUCGCCAGUCCCCUUCGCGUUCGACAUUGGAGUGAUGAAGGAUUCUAUGGCUAUUACUACGGCGACUCACCAUGCCCAUCUAUCUCAAGACUUGCACUUGAACUCUUGCGACACCCUGAAUAUCGUCUGCAAGUCAAGAGUCUAUCGUUUUCAUAUUUUCAAAACAGUUAUGACCGCGACCCCGCUCGUGUUCCCUUGAGCUCCGAUAACCUCCAAAUGCUCGCAUGGGCAGCCGAAGAAGUCGUUCCGACACUCGCAGAGUCUACAUACAUAUGCGCACGGAUCCUUGAAGACAAUGAUGACGCCAUUGCUGUGCUAGUCUUGGCUUGGGCGACGAACUUGACGAGCCUCAGUAUUACGGUUCCUUUCCUUGAUCCCACGCCAGGAUAUGAUCAAGGCCCGCUCGUUCUACGCUUCGCAAAGCAACUGGCUCUUCGUUUUGACAGUGGAGACCUCAAACCAAGUGCCCCACUACCACUGGCGAAGCUACAAGAACUCGAAUUUCGACAUAAUGACACCGAAAACGAUGUUGCGCUGAAGUACAUGUCGCCAUUUCUCUAUCUACCAAAUCUCAAAGACAUCGAGGCCUACAGACUUGGUGAUACAGACUACAACGAUCUUAAUGACAGUGUUGAGCGAUACAUCCAAGACAAAUACUGCAUGCCCUUGCCGGCUGGUACCUCGUCAAUUGAGUCAAUCAUUCUCGAAGAAACGACAUUAUCGGACUAUGGACUCCAGGAUCUUCUCGAAUCUUGCAAAAGCCUCAGAGCUUUUCAUAUCGACUUCUCAGCUGUUCUUGAUCAUGACGUGCGCAACAGUACGAUACUAGCUGCGAGCCUAGUUCAACACGCCACGACCCUCAAUGAGCUAGAGAUAUCAGUCGAUAACAGUGACGUCGCAUGGAUAGUAAAUCAAACCGAGUUACCAGAGUGCGUAGAGGAUUGUUACCGAGAACUCACUUGCCUCAAACGGCUGAGCAUUCCAAUGAGUCAUUUAUUACAAGACAGCCCAACGGGAUCUCCUCAAGAGGUUAUUCCCGAACAACUACCGGCUUCUAUUACGCAUCUCAAACUCUGCAAUAGUCACUUGUAUUGUAACUGGCAAAGUCCUCAUAACAAAAUCUCGCUUUUCUUAACUUGUACUCUGUCUCUUCUCAUGGAAGCGGGGCCCCAGCGGCGAUUACGAAAUUUUCAGGUCCUCGACUGUUCCGAAGCACUUCUGGACGAUCCGGAGAUGGAAAUGAUUCAAGAGAUGAAACAACUGGCAGAAGAGUGUGGUGUCACUCUUUUGCUACGCCCAUAUGUAACUCACAACGGUGGCCUUAUCACUUAG